AUGGCUGUGGAGCAGCAACAGGGUCUAACCGAAACCACUGAAGGCAAAAAGAUCACCAAAAGUCAACGAAUCACAGGUGAUUGGACGCCUCGAAGCAAGGACAGGAUUCCUUGGGCCGAUGGCGCUGAUCCCGGAACCUGA